UUAGUACAAAAAAAGGGUUAUAUAAUUUAUUAUGAAAAACAUAUUGAAGCACUUGUCUAUUUAUUAAUGUAAUACUACAAGUAUAUUGUUGCAGUAAUUUCUUUAUUUUAGCAAAUUCAAAACAGCAGUCUUAUGUGAUAAGACAUGGUUUUAAUGAUGGAUAAAUUGUAUGACUGUUGUAACAUAUUUUCUUUUAUUAAUUGUGAUUUUUUUUCUACAAUGGGUUGAAGUGUUUAUAAAAUAUUUAUUUUAGUUAUACAUACAAUGACUUAUAUAGUUGAAUUAUUUGUAACAUCUAAUUUAUGGUUCAUGUUUAAUAUAGUUAGGUUGAGACAAAACCUUGUAUUGAAGAUUUGUUUGGGCAUAGAAGAAUAAAACUAGCAUUCUUUUGGAAGUUUUUAUAAAAUAUGUAUAGGGGAGAUGAUGCCUAAUUAUUAAAUUAGUUGAUGAUCAUUAUGGUGAUAUGUUGUAAUUGAACAUGUGUCCAGGGAAUUUUAUGCAUGUAAGAAGGUUUUAGUCAAACUUAUAGAAGAGGUUUCGCCCAAAUUUUCAAAAAAUGAGUAGGAGUUGGAUGGCGAAAGAUAGGUUAUCAAAGGAAUAUGAAGAUGGAGUUGAGAGUUUUAUUGAAAUAGCCAUGAAAAAUACAGUGGAUCCUAAGAGAGUUCAUUGUCCAUGUCAAAAGUGUUCUAAUUUGAAAAAAUUGGAUAUAAAGGAAAUAAAAAAUCAUUUGUAUUUCAAUGGAAUAGACAAAACUUAUGUUAAGUGGAUAUGGCAUGGAGAACAAGUUGAGUCUACCCCCAAAGUACACAAUGAAAAUAAAGAAUUUGCUCAAGUGUUUGAUGACCCUAUAGAGAUGGUGAGAGAUGCAGAUGAUCGAUUUGUGGAUAGGCCAGAAGAAUUUGUAAAAUUCUUAGGAGAUGCAGAGAAACCAAUUUUUCCAGGGUCACCUAUGUCAAAGUUGGUUGUUUUGGUAAAAUUAUACAAUUUAAAAGCUGGUAGUGGUUGGAGUGACAUAAGUUUCACAAAGUUGCUUGAUUUGAUGAAGGAGAUUUUACCAAAAGACAAUGAGAUGCCUUCUUCCCUUUAUGAGGCAAAAAAAACUCUGUGCACUUUAGGAAUGGAUUAUAAAAAGAUACAUGCUUGCCCUAAUGAUUGUGUUUUAUACCGCAACAAUUUAGAAAAUGCAACCGAGUGCCCUACGUGCAAGACAUCGAGAUGGAAGAGAGGUAAAGAAGGAAAAGAAGGUAAGAAAGGGAUUCCAGCUAAAGUAUUAUGGUAUUUGCCACCGAUACCAAGAUUUAUACGUUUGUUUCGGAAUCCAGAACAUGCUAAAAGUUUAAGAUGGAAUGAGGAUGGAAGGAUCAAAGAUGAUAAACUAAGACAUCCAGCAGAUUCAUUAGCUUGGAAAAUUAUCGAUGAGAAAUGGCCUGUAAUAAAAAAGGAUCCUAGGAAUCUUCGACUUGGUCUUUCAGCUGAUGGCAUCAAUCCAUUUAGCAAUAUGAGCUCGUCUUACAGUUGCUGACCAGUGAUAUUAUGUAUUUACAACCUCCCCCCUCACCUUUGCAUGAAAAGAAGAUUCACAAUGCUGACUUUGUUAAUUUCAGGAAGUAAACAACCUGGAAAUGAUAUAGACGUCUAUUUGGCACCGUUGAUAGAUGAUUUAAAGUUGUUGUGGGAUGGAGUGGAUUGCUAUGAUUCUUUUAGUAAAGAAAGUUUUAUACUGAGAGGGUUACUUUUAUGGACAAUUAAUGAUUUUCCAGCUUAUGGAAACUUGUCGGGGUGUUAUGUUAAGGGUUAUAAAGGAUGUCCAAUAUGUGGGGAGCAAACAAGUGCAACAAGAUUGAAGUUUUGUAAAAAGACUUGUUACAUGGGGCAUAGAAGGUUUCUACCUGCAGAGCAUUAUCUUCGUAAUCAAAUGAAAGCCUUUAAUGGUAAGCAAGAACUACGAGGACCUCCACCAAUAAUGACUGGUGAAGAGAUUUAUGAAGAGAUUCGUUUGAUAAAUAAUAGAUUCGGAAAACCAGUCACAAAUACCGAAGAAUGUGAAGACAUUGAAAGUAGGGUCAAAUCAAAGGGUAAAAGUAAGAUGAGUAAGAAACGAAAACGUAGCAAGAAACAUCAAGUGAGCAAUGAUGAUUCUUUGAAUACUACAUGUUGGAAAAAGAAAUCAAUUUUUUUUUAAUUGGAGUAUUGGAGACAUUUGUUAGUCAGACAGAAUCUCGAUGUCAUGCAUAUUGAGAAAAACAUAUGUGAUAGUUUGAUAGGAACUUUACUCAA